AUGUCCGCGUGGGCCUCGGGAAGUCUCGCGGAGAAGCUGAAGCGGCAGAAGCUGGCGGCCGCGAACGGCACCGGGCCUGUCGCACCGCCUGCCGCCCCCACGAGUUCGACCGCAGCGGGCGGCGGCAGCGGCGGCAAGGCGAAGAGCGCUGAAGCGCCGCCCCCCGCGCCGUUCUCCCCCCCGCCCGCCGUGAAAGAAAAGCCGGUAGCUUCCCCCGCUAGUGACAAGCCGCAGCAGCAGGAGCCGGCGGCACUCGUCCACCUGGGCCCCAUCGCGCUCCCCGCUGACGUAGCGAAGCUGGUGUCGGCGGAUUGUGACUUCGUCGGCGUUGUGCAGGCGCCGCCGGCGGCGUCGGAGGAGAGUAGGCAACCACCGUCCCCCAAAGGCCCGGAGACGGCGCCCCGGCCCACCGCCUUCGCCGCACAGCCCGAAUGCGACGAGACCCCACAGACGACUGACACAAGCCACCUCUACCCAGUGCACCACCCUCACCACCACCGUCAACAACUUUACCAGCAUCAGCACCAGCAGCAUCAGUAUCAGUAUCAGCCACAGCAGCGCUACAUGCAGCAAGGUAUGCCAGGACAAUCAUACCACAGUGCAUACAGCUCAGUACCGUAUCAGAUGAGCCCGAACGCCAUGCCGUACCGCCCACGCAUGUACAACGGGUAUCCAGGCAUGAAUAUGGGCAUGGGUAUUUACGGUGGGAUUAAUGAAUAUGGUGGUUUCUCGCUUCAGGCUAGACACGCAUACUACCCACCGCCGCAGAACCCUAUGGGCCCGUACACACCACCGCAUCAACACUAG